AAAAAAAACUAAGGCGGUUUGCAGAUCUGACACCGUAAAGGCUUUCAAUUUCCUAUUUUCCAAGCAACCAAACCCAGUGUUGAAAAGCCCACCCCUGUUUCUGGACCGUCUAAUUGGGCAGCAACCCAACCUAAACUCCUUUUCUCUCUCAUGAUUUCUGGCAAUAAACCCUAAACCAACCAAAAGAGGGAAAACACAAACAAUCGCGCGCGUAGACUAUGGAUGAUUCGGAGGGAGGUCUCAGCUUCGAUUUUGAAGGCGGUCUCGAUGCUGCUCCCACCGCCCCAACCGCCUCCAUGCCCGUUGUCAACUCCGAUCCUUCUGCUGCCAACAACAAUAAUAACAGCAACUCCGCCGCCCCAGGUGCUGUCCCCGCUUCGACAAAUGAUCCCUCCGCCGUUCCUGGUGGCGGAGCUGGGCGAAGGAGCUUUCGACAGACCGUAUGCCGGCAUUGGCUCCGCAGUCUCUGCAUGAAGGGCGAUGCCUGCGGUUUCCUUCACCAGUACGACAAGUCCCGCAUGCCCGUCUGCCGAUUUUUUCGGCUCUUUGGUGAGUGCCGCGAACAAGAUUGUGUCUACAAACACACCAACGAGGAUAUCAAGGAGUGUAACAUGUACAAGCUAGGUUUUUGUCCUAAUGGUCCUGACUGCCGAUACAGGCAUGCAAAGCUUCCCGGACCUCCACCUGCUGUUGAAGAAGUCUUGCAGAAGAUUCAACAAUUAAGUUCUUACAAUUAUAACAACAAAUUUUUUCAACAAAGGAAUGCUGGCUUUCCCCAACAAACUGAAAAAUCUCAGAUUCCACAAGGACAAAACAAUGUAAACCAAGGAGCAUUUGCAAAACCUUCAACAACAGAAUCUGCUAACAUGCAGCAGCAGCAGCAAGUUCAACAGCCUCAACAACAGGUCAGCCAGACCCAGAUUCAAAAUGUCCCCAAUGGUCAGUCAAACCAGGCAAACAGAACUGCUAUACCUUUGCCUCAAGGAAUAUCUAGAGUUUUGAGAUGUCCUUCAAUCAAUAAUAAUUUCCAAAACGAAUUCUGCCAUCAUCUAUCAGAAUUUUGGAGUACUUUUCUACAACUGGACCAUGUUGUUUGCAAGGAUGUAAGGUAUUUUAUUGUUAAAAGUUGCAACCGCGAAAAUCUAGAACUAUCCGUUCAACAAGGUGUAUGGGCAACUCAAAGAAGCAAUGAAACUAAAUUGAAUGAAGCAUUUGAUUCUGCUGAAAAUGUGAUUUUGAUCUUCUCUGUUAACCGUACUCGGCAUUUCCAGGGUUGUGCCAAGAUGACAUCCAAAAUCGGUGGAUCUGUUGGUGGAGGGAACUGGAAAUACGCUCAUGGAACUGCACAUUAUGGACGAAAUUUCUCAGUAAAAUGGUUAAAGUUAUGUGAGUUGUCCUUCCACAAAACUCGCCAUUUGAGGAACCCCUACAAUGAGAACUUACCAGUAAAGAUAAGUAGAGAUUGUCAGGAGUUAGAGUCUUCUGUUGGUGAGCAGUUGGCCUCCUUGCUUUAUCUUGAGCCAGAUAGUGAGCUUAUGGCAAUUUCACUAGCAGCAGAAUCAAAACGAGAAGAAGAGAAAGCAAAGGGGGUCAAUUCAGAUAAUGGAGGAGAGAACCCAGACAUUGUUCCAUUUGAGGACAAUGAAGAAGAGGAAGAGGAAGAAAGUGAGGAGGAGGAUGAAAGCUUUGGUGCUGCAGCUCAGGGAAGAGGAAGAGGCAGAGGAAUCAUGUGGCCCCCUCACAUGCCACUAGCCCGUGGUGCCAGACCCAUGCCUGGGAUGCGAGGUUUUCCUCCUAUGAUGAUGGGUGGUGAUGGCUUUUCUUAUGGACCAGUUACACCUGAUGGUUUUGGGAUGCCAGAUCUAUUUGGUGCUCCUCGCCCUUUUGCUCCAUAUGGACCAAGAUUUUCUGGAGAUUUUCCAGGUCCUACAUCUGGCAUGAUGUUUCCAGGUCGACCUCCACAACCUGGGGCAAUGUUUCCAUCUGGUGGACUGGGGAUGAUGAUGGGUCCAGGGCGUGCUCCAUUUAUGGGGGGUAUGGGGCCCACAGGUGCAAAUCCUGCUCGAGGUGGCCGGCCUGUUGGCAUGCCUCCUAUGUUUCCCCUACCUCCAGCACCUUCCUCUCAGAAUUCUGGUCGGGCUAUUAAGAGAGAUCAGAAGACACCAACUAAUGAUAGAUACAGUGCAGUAUCGGAUCAGGGCAGAGGUCAGGAAAUGGCUGGUCCAGGGGGCGGGUUGGAUGAUGAGACACAGUAUCAGCAAGAAGGACAAAAGGCUCACCACGGAGAUCAGUUUGCUGCUGGAAACAGCUUCAGAAAUGAUGACAGUGACAGUGAGGAUGAGGCACCCAGGAGGUCAAGGCAUGGGGAAGGGAAGAAGAAACGAAGAAGCUUAGAAGGGGAAGUUGCCACUGGUUCUGAUCACUAGAUGCAACUUGCUUUGAAGUUGUUAGUGAUAGUGCCGUCAGUCAUACCUGCUCGCAACCACAUUCUCUUGACGGUGUUAACUGCCAUUGUAGAACAUUUUUAAGCAACUGACUUGCAUAUCUAGAUCCUUUUAUCUUCCAAUUGGCAGUUUGGAAUGCCGGAGAAAGACGUGUUUAGAUUGUGUUUUGGUGUAUUAUUUUUGCCUAAAAAUGUCGAAUCAUAUUUUUUAUUGUGUAUAAUUAUGCACCAGAUCACGGGAAGGGUGAUAGAUACGCGUAGCAUUAUGUAUUGUUACGAACAGCGUUAUCCUACACGUAGCUGUUCAUCCUACAUGUUUAUGUAAGAUUUCCUAUGUACUAAGGAGAAGGGAAAGGAAAGGAGGAAAAAAAAGAGGCUUUUCAUCGGA